GAGCGCGCGGGACCGCCUCGUGCCUCCGCCGAGCGCGGGGUGGGGGACGGCGAGUAGAAGCUGCGCCACGGACUGGUGGAGGCGGACCGAGCUGUAUGAGGGCGGCCGGGGGGAUGCCCUAGCGGCUGUGGAGGGGAUCGGAGGAGGACCGGGGGGAGAAGCGAUCUCCAUGUUUUCCCCGACUCAGGAGGAGCACCUCGCCCCCAACAAGGAGCCCAUCAAGUACGGGGAGCUGGUGGUGCUGGGGUACAAUGGCUGCCUUCCUAAUGGAGACAGAGGGAGACGGAAAAGCAGAUUUGCACUCUAUAAGCGGCCUAAAUCCAACGGUGUCAGAGCCAGCUCAGUACACGUGGUUUCCACUCCCCAGGCCACUAAGGUAAUAGACUGUGAAUUCAGCAGUAGAGGUCAACACAGCAUCUCCUACACAUUAUCCCGAAGCCAGACAGUAGUUGUGGAAUAUUCUCAUGAUAAAGAUACAGAUAUGUUUCAGAUUGGGAGGUCAACAGAAAGUCCCAUUGACUUUGUAGUGACGGACACAGUUUCUGGUAACCAGAACGAUGAGACUCAGAUUACACAAAGUACCAUUUCCAGGUUUGCUUGCCGGAUCGUCUGCGAUAGGAAUCUACCAUACACAGCUAGAAUUUAUGCAGCAGGAUUUGACUCCUCGAAAAAUAUCUUUCUCGGUGAGAAAGCAGCUAAGUGGAAGAAUCCUGAUGGCCACAUGGAUGGACUAACCACCAAUGGUGUUCUUGUAAUGCAUCCAAAAGGAGGUUUUACUGACGAAUCUAAGCCCGGCGUAUGGAGGGAAAUUUCAGUCUGCGGUGAUGUGUACACUCUCAGAGAAACCAGAUCAGCCCAACAGAGAGGAAAACUUGUGGAAAAUGAAACCAACAUUCUACAGGACGGUUCUCUUGUUGACUUAUGUGGGGCUACCUUACUGUGGAGAACAGCAGAUGGCUUGUUUCAUGCACCAACUCAAAAACACAUUGAAGCCCUGAGACAGGAGAUCAAUGCAGCCAGACCUCAGUGUCCUGUUGGAUUAAACACUUUAGCAUUUCCUAGUAUGCACCGCAAGGAUGUAGUGGAAGAGAAACAGCCUUGGGCUUACCUUACCUGUGGCCACGUGCAUGGAUAUCACAAUUGGGGUCAUCGAAGCGACGCAGAUGCCAACGAGCGGGAAUGUCCCAUGUGUCGGACAAUUGGACCCUAUGUGCCUCUGUGGCUUGGCUGCGAAGCUGGCUUUUACGUAGACGCUGGUCCUCCUACACAUGCUUUCAGCCCUUGCGGACACGUGUGUUCAGAGAAGACUGCCAAAUACUGGUCUCAGAUCCCGCUUCCUCAUGGUACCCACGCAUUUCACGCUGCCUGCCCAUUCUGUGCAACACAGUUGUCUGGCGAGGAAAGCUGCAUUAAACUUAUUUUCCAGGGACCCAUUGACUGAUGCUAUUUAUAACAACCAGUAACAUUUUGUUAAUAAAAAAUGAAAACAAAAAAAAGCAAAAAAA